AACAGGAAGAAGAGACAAAUUCAUCAUCAAUAUCAGAGUUUAGAAUUUACACAAACCAUGUCGCUCCCUUCACACACCAGGAGGCUUCCUCCUCUCCUCCUCUCCUGCUUCUCCCAUCCUAUUCUCCUCUCCUCCUGUCAUCCUCCCAUCCUGUCCUCCUCUCCUCCUCCUCUUCUCCCUCCUCAUACUGUCUCCUCCUCCUCUCCUCCUCCUCCCAACCUCCUCUCCUCUCCCUCUCCUGUCCUCCCACCCUCUCCUCUCUCCUCCUUUCAUCCUCCUCUCCUCCUCUUCUGCCUCCUCAUAGCGUCUCCUUUCCUGCUCCUCUCCUCCUCUUCUUUCCUCCUCCUCCCCCACCCUCUCCUCCUCUCCUCUCCUCUCCUCUUUUCCUCCCCCCCUCCUCCCCUCUCCAGCCCCUGUUGACGUGCGUGGCUCCGCAGCGCAUCACGGGUGUGCGCGUUGUUCUGGUCCAGUCAUGUAGUCAUUCUGUCUCUCCUCCUCGCGUCUGUCCUCGCGUCCCGUCUCUGUCUGUCUUCUCUUACACUUCCUGUCGGACUUGUGUUCUACUUCCUCGGUCGUCGCUUUCUUUACCCCCCGUGACGCUUGGAGGAGACCCAGCACCGCGCGCCUCAGCACCGGGGACCCCCCCGCUGCCCCGCGCCGUCGCGACUCUUAAUUGUUUCCCGGCAGCGUGGAGACCACCGGGGAAAAGGCUCACAUGAGCGCGCCUCCGCUCAUCCGUGCGCCCAGCCCGCUCCCGAUGUCAGGGGGGGUGAACAGCUCCACCGCCGGCCCCGGGGGAGGAGGAGGUGGAGGAGCCGGCGAUGUGAUCUCCUUCCACAUCCAGAUUGGCCUGAGCCGGGAGCCGGUGCUGCUGGACGCCGCAGAGCUCAGCCUCAGUCAGGUCCGGGAGGUGGCGUGCUCCAUCGUGGACCAGAAGAUACCAGAGUGUGUUUUCUACGGGAUGUACGAGAAGAUCCUCCUGUUCCGCCAUGACCAGACAUCCGACAACGUGCUGCAGCUGCUGCGCUCGGCCUCCCAAAUCCAGGAGGGCGACCUCGUGGAGGCCGUGCUGUCAGCUUCAGUCACAGUCGAGGACUUCCAGAUCCGUCCCCACUGUCUGUUCGUCCACUCGUACCGAGCUCCGGCCUUCUGCGACCACUGCGGAGAGAUGCUGUGGGGACUCGUUCGUCAGGGACUCAAAUGUGAAGGCUGCGGUCUGAACUAUCACAAGCGCUGUGCCUUUAAGAUCCCCAACAACUGCAGCGGAGUGAGGCGCCGUCGCUCAUCCAACGUCUCCCUGACGGGGGGGCUGAUUAAUCUGGGUCGCCCCCUCUCCGCCGAGCCCUCGCCCCCCCUCUACACCGACGAGGCUUUACUGUCUCCAGUCAGUCCCAGUAUGGAGCAGAAGAACCAAUUAGAUUAUUUCCCCAAUCGAGAGCGGCGCUCCAGCUCCCAGUCGUACAUCGGACGUCCCAUCGAACUCGACAAGAUCUUUCUGUCAAAGGUCAAAGUUCCUCACACCUUCUUGAUCCACUCGUACACCCGACCCACAGUCUGCCAACACUGCAAGAAGCUGCUGAAAGGCCUCUUCAGACAAGGCCUUCAGUGUAAAGAUUGUAAAUUUAACUGUCAUAAACGAUGUGCUCCUAAAGUACCAAACAACUGCCUGGGAGAAGUUUCAAAAAAUGGAGAGCUCCUCAGCCCGGGGGCGGAGUCAGACGUCGUCUUGGUGGAGGGUUGCCUUGACGACCACGAUGUCGACCAAGGUGGUGGUAUGUUGGACGAUAUGGACGAAGCUAUGACAUUAGAUGGCGGCCUCUCGAGGGAGGCGGGGCCAGGUGACCUCUGCGACCCCGACCUGGACGAGUCCAACCGGGCCAUCAGCCCGUCCACCAGUAACAACAUCCCUCUCAUGCGAGUUGUUCAGUCCGUCAAAAACACAAAGAGGAAAACCAGCAACGUAAUGAAGGAGGGCUGGAUGGUCCACUACACCAGCAAGGACACCCUGAGAAAGAGGCACUACUGGCGGCUGGACAGUAAAUGCAUUACGCUGUUUCAGAGUGACACAGGAAGUAAAUACUACAAGGAAAUCCCUCUGUCUGAGAUCCUGUGUCUGGAGCCGGCUCAGACCUUGUCUCUACUCCCCGAUGGGGCCAAUCCUCACUGCUUUGAAAUCACCACGGCAACGCUGGUUUACUACGUGGGGGAACACCUGCAGCGGGCCGAGACAUCCAAGAGCAGCAGCAGCAUUGUGAUCAGCGGAGUGGGACAGGAUGUGGCCCGGAUGUGGGAGAUGGCCAUCCAGCAUGCCUUGAUGCCGGCCGUCUCCACAGGAGUGUCCCACAGCUCCCACCGCAGCGGACACAAAGAAAUCUCCGUCAGUAUUUCUGUCUCCAACUGCCAGAUCCAGGAGAACGUGGACAUCAACUCGGUGUAUCAGAUCUUCCCGGACGAGGUCCUGGGCUCGGGUCAGUUCGGCAUCGUUUACGGAGGUAAACACAGAAAGUCCGGCCGAGACGUCGCCAUCAAGAUCAUCGACAAACUCCGUUUCCCCACCAAGCAGGAGAGCCAGCUACGCAACGAGGUGGCCAUCCUGCAGAGUCUGCACCACCUGGGCGUGGUCAACCUGGACUGCAUGUUCGAGACGCCGGAGCGGGUGUUCGUGGUCAUGGAGAAGCUCCACGGAGACAUGCUGGAGAUGAUCCUCUCCAGCGAGAAGGGACGACUGCCUGAGAGGAUCACCAAGUUCAUGGUCGCCCAGAUCCUCGUGGCUCUGCGUCACCUUCACCUCAAAAACAUCGUCCACUGUGACCUGAAACCUGAAAACGUGCUGCUGGCUUCUGCAGACGCAUUUCCACAGGUAAAGCUCUGUGACUUUGGCUUCGCCCGGAUCAUCGGCGAGAAGUCGUUCCGGCGCUCGGUGGUGGGAACGCCGGCGUACCUCGCCCCCGAGGUUCUGAGGAACAAAGGCUACAACCGCUCUCUGGACAUGUGGUCGGUGGGCGUCAUCAUCUACGUCAGUCUCAGCGGAACGUUCCCGUUCAACGAGGACGAAGACAUCAACGAUCAGAUCCAGAACGCCGCCUUCAUGUACCCUCCUCAUCCCUGGAAGAAGGUCUCCCAGGAAGCGAUUGACCUGAUUAACAACCUGCUGCAGGUGAAGAUGAGGAAGAGGUACAGCGUGGACAAGACCCUCAGUCACCCCUGGUUACAGGACUACCAGAUGUGGCUGGACCUGAGGAACCUGGAGUCCAGGAUGAACGAGCGCUACAUCACCCACGAGAGCGACGACCUGCGCUGGCAUCACCACGCCCAGCUCAGCGGCCUCGAGUACCCCGCCCACCUGGCCAACGGGCCCCGCGCCGCCGGCCCGGGGCUGGAGCGCUACCAGGAGCACGAGGAGGAGCUGGAGACCCUCAGCGAGAGGGUCAGUGAACUGUGAGGACGCAGAACCAGCAGCUGUCAAAGGAGUAAAGAACAAAAGCACCAAUCAGAAGAUUCAGAGACGAUUCACAACUUUCCUUAAAGAAACAAGGCCGAACGUAAUGUAAAUGAAUCACAAAUUAGAGAUGUUAAGGAAGUGCGUCGCAUUGACCACAUAAUGAGAUUCUUGUUUUAAAAUGACAAUGUAAGGAUCUCAAUCAUUUUAUUUUGUUAUUAUGAAGUACCUGUUGCUUGGUAACACGGUUAUGAUUUAUUUAAGAUCACUAUUGAAGAUCUCUUUGUAAAACCAAACCAUAGCUCCUGUGGUUUCAUGAUGAGUAAAAACAGAACUGUGAAAUGCUGAGUCAUCGUACGUAUUUGCUCCUUGCUGAAUGGAAAGCACUUCCACAGUUACUUUAUUUUGAGAGCAACUAAAAGCAUCACUUUUUGAGUCAGACAAUCAGAAAAAGACGACUCGAAAACACAAAGUAUAAUAACUUCUAUACAUGCAAGACUCUCACAAGGAUGAUCCUCAUCAAACCAAAUCUUUUUGUAUCUGCUGGUUAAUUGUUUGUUUCGCCAUAAUUUCAUGAUUGAUUCCUCAGACUCUAAACUUCUUUCUGAUGAAGAGAAACAAUGGAGAACAUCAAGAGAAGCUCCUGCUGGGUUUGACCUGAUGAAGAAUUGAUGUGCAAGAGUUUACCCACUGAAUAGGUUAUUAAGAGUGAAAAUAAGUACUGUUGGUGUGAUGUCAUUAUUUAAAGCUAUGAAUGUCUUCUCUUUGGAGAAACCAAAGCCUUCUAAAGAAGGUUGAGAAUACAAAACAGAGGAGGCGUUCCAAAAGGAAACAUCCUCAACAAGGUCCCUGCCAGGUCCAUUUAUUAAAGGUUACUGCUGAAAGCUACGCAGCCUCCUUCUAAAUAUGUUUUCACUUCCAGAGGCUUGAUCCAAAAAGAGCAACUUCAGGUCCGAGUCCGUGUGGACCGAGACGAUAAAAAGAGUAUUUAAUAAUGAGGGUUAAGUCAUGUGAACGCUGCUUUCUUCAUGACGUUCACAUGGAUGUGUGCGAGCUUCAUGAAAGGUUCGUCCUCAGAACUGAGCACAUUUUAAUUCCUGCUCCUCAUGAGACGAGACAAAUCACUUGAGCAUUCAGAAGGACAUUUUUUCCUCCUCCAGCCUUUUUCCCAGCGAGCGCGCGGUGGAGAAAAUGCCCCCCAGGGGGGAGGCCUGUUUACCAAUAAGCGUCUCCAAGUCCCUCCAAGGCAAAGGAGAGCGACUUGUAUCAGGGUUAUUACACUGUUGUUACACUGUUAAUACACUGUUAGUACACCCUUAUUACACUGUUAUUACACUGUUGUUACACUGUUAAUACACUGUUAGUACACCCUUAUUACACUGUUAAUACACUGUUAUUACACCGUUGGUACACUGUUAAUACACUGUUAUUACACUGUUGUUACACAGUUGAUACACUGUUAAUACACUGUUAUUACCCUGUUGUUACACUGUUGUUACCCGAUUAUUACAUCGACCCACAUCGACCUAGUAAGGGCUGCUCCUCCCUCUCUCCCUCCCUCUCCCUCAUCGCUGCUCCUGUCUUUCGGCGUUCACUUGUCUCACUUUAAGUACGAAGGUGCUUCAUCAAGCGUUGAGUGAAUAGUAGUUGAACAUACGUGUACAGGGAGUACUAUGAAAAGGUUACUAGGGUAGAAGUAGUAUUCUUCAGCCUUUGUAUUUUGUAAACAGAAGCCGAGUUCCCGAUGAGUUUAAACUUUGGAUCCAGACUCAGUGACACGGCAUUAAAUUGUAUAUUUAUAAUAUACGUCACUAAAGGACUUGUGCUACUCUGUGACUGCGUGGUGUCAUACAUGUACAUUUAUUCAUAGAGAUGCAGAGAGAUCUUUACAUUUAAAGAGCCAGAAACAAGCAAAGUUGUUUAAAGAAUAUUCAAUAUUUUAUUUACUUUAGUCUUAUGUUUAAAUACUGCAAAUAUCAGUGAAUAAGUAAAAGGCUGCUUUAAUGAGAUUGUGUACCUGUAGAUAUACAGUACUUCCCUUUGAUGAGAUUGUGUACCUGUAGAUAUACAGUACUUCCCUUUGAUGAGAUUGUGUACCUGUAGAUAUACAGUACUUCCCUUUGAUGAGAUUGUGUACCUGUAGAUAUAAAGUACUUCCCUUUGAUGAGCCCUUCUUCAUUCCCAUGCCUGUGGCCUUGUGCUAAGCUAAGCUAACCAUACUGCUCUUUAAAGGCCUGACGCCAAGCCGAAUUAUUCCUCCACAUAUUCCACAAAGUAAGUUUACCUCCUGAGUAGUGACUGGCCCGGCCCUGCGGGUGAAAGGUCACAGGUCUGAUGCUGCCAGCGGGGAGACGUGUCUCAGCGCCCUCUGAGUCCACUUCAGUGUCUCCGCUCCUCCCAACUUGUGACGUGUUUGCUGCACCUGCAGGAGCUAAUAAAGAUAUUUGAAAAUCUUGACUAUACU